AGAGAAUGUUACGCUGCUCUUUUAUGCUCGUCGUUUGCGCUGUGGUUGUCGUGACGGAUAACUACGUGGCUGCGCAGGACACGUACUACUAUCGGCCAUCUUCCAAUCGUUACAAGACCGUCCCUGCCAAGAAGAAUUCAAUCCACUCGAUCAACUCGAUCGAUGACGAUUCGUUCAAAUCCUUCAACUCGUUCAUCAAACCUUACAACCCGUUCGCCAACAGCUGGGACCGCCCAGCAGCAGUGAAGCCGCAAUACAAAUGGAAAUACGAUUCGAUCGAGUCCGAUGAAUCCGACGAAGUGUAUCGAAGAUUCGCCAAGAUCAACAAACCCAUCCAGCCCGUUAUUAAACCGACGUCGCCUUACUACUACUACGGGUCAGACUCUCGUGAGUCGGACGAAGUCUACAGGAGGACGGCCAAGACGGGCAGGAAAACGACGUACUAUCAUUCGGAUUCGGACGAGUCGGACGAAGAUGUGUACAGACGAUUCUUGGCGCCGUAUCGCAGAUACUAAAAGGUCAUCGCAGGGGCCAAACGCAAUUACAUACACCUAAUAGCCCGACACUGGAACGUGUAGUUUUGCUUGGGGAACUUCAAAAACGCUGGAAAAAUAUAUACGGGCACGGCGAUCACCUGCGCACCCAUGUUUUUUUGGAGGAAAUUAUAAAAAGAAAACGAAAUUUUUCAGUGGAUAAAAUAAUGUUUUUCAAAACUCCAGUGUUUUGAUGUCAUUCUGCCAGUUGUAUUUUGUAAUCAUUGUAUAAUAAUAAUAUACACCGUUUAUCUAAA